AUGGCUCUCAAUUCCUUUUUAAGGUCCUGGAAGGUCAAUGUAGUUUUUACUCAACAUGAUAAGGGCUGGAUUGUUCUUCAAUUCCAAAGGGAGGAAGAUCUUAAUGAGGUCUUACAGAAUGGUCCUUACUCUAUAUAUGGAAGAACUCUAAUCCUUAAUAAAAUGCCAAAAUUCUUUCAAUUUGGCUUGGAGCAUAGAACGGUUGUUCCUGUCUGGGUUCAACUAAAGGAUCUCCCUUUUGAACUGUGGUCUCCUGAAGCUAUUGACGGGAUCUGUUCUGCAAUUGGCAGACCUCUUCGUAUGGAUAAAUUAACCACUACCAAGGGUAGAAUUUCCUAUGCUCGAUCCAUGGUAGAGAUAGACAUAGCAAAAGAAAUUAAGCACAGAGUUAAGAUUCUACUUCUAGAAGAAGUUGAGAUCUCCCAAGAAAUAGUGUAUGAAAGUCUUCCGUGGUUUUGUCAAAAGUGCAAGUCCAUUGGCCACACUGAGGCUUUUUGCAGUCCCAGAGGUGGAGUCAAAAAACCUAAGGUUGCCCAAUACAGACCCAAGAUGAAUGCCAGACUACCAAACACUGAGGAAGUGGCUGAUGCCUCUGGAAUUGUAGGGUUAGAAAAUGAAAAGGUAGCUACUUCCAGUCCUAUGAGGGUGGUGGAAGAAGGCAAAAAUGCAGACGAUGGCAAGAUGAUUCUGGUCCCUGAAGUACCCUCAGAAGAGUUUGAAAAUGAUAGUAAAGAUUCCUCAAAGUUUGCAACUGUAGAUGCAGCAGAGGAGAAUAAUGAUACCUGCCUUGGUCCUCCAGUUCCUAACAAAGACAAAUUCAUAGUGGGGGAUAGAAUAGAAGAGAAGAUUGAUAAUGAGAAUGUUUUAAAUCCCCCUGGGCAACAACAGAACCAAUAUGCCAAUGGGAAAGGAAAAGGUAAGGUUGAUGACUUCCAACUUGUCAAAAGAAAGAAGAAAGGGAAAGGUCCACACUAUAAUCUACUUGCUUUUGGUAAGGGGUUGAGUGCCCCUUCUAAAGCCCGAUGA